ACACUAGUCAAAACAUGCCUGGUGCAUAGAUGACUGAAGUUACGAAAAGUUGAGAAAUUUUACAAUUUCUGCAACUUGUAAGUAAAAGUUUUCUGAUAAAACCAGCACGCUAGUGAACCAAACAGCCAGCAUGGGAAACACGGUAUCUGCUGCGGAAAAGGUUGCAUCAAAUAUAGUCCCGAGCACACUUUUAAAAGAUGAGCAAGCAACACUCCCGAAAGGACAUCCACACAUCGGUGACGCCUCGGCAAUGGCCGGAAAUCCACCACCGGAAUGUCCAAUGCACCAAAAACAGCAGCAACCCAAAGAACAGCCAGUUCUAGUGUCGGAGUGCCCCGUUAAGCACGAUGGGGCGGAAGUGAACCCGCUGAACAUGAUGCCACCUGCCAACCAAAACCCAUCUCCCGGACAGCCUUUCCCUCUUCCAACGGAUCGCCAAGUGUCUUCGAUUCCAAAAGCAACGGCCGAUGGCAAGCGUGAAUUUUGGGUCUAUCCGAGUCAGCAGAUGUUCUGGAAUGCGAUGCUUCGCAAGGGAUGGCGCUGGGAAAAGGACGAUAUUGCACCGAAGGAUAUGGACGAUAUUAUAAAGAUUCACAAUGCCAACAACGAACAGGCUUGGCAGGAGGUACUUAAAUGGGAAGCCCUGCACGCGCGCGAAUGUGGAAAUCCCAGACUGAAGAGUUUUGGAGGAAAGGCAACGGAUUACAGCCCCCGGGCCAAGAUCCGCAACAUGAUGGGGUACGAACUUCCAUUCGAUAGACACGAUUGGAUCAUCGAUCGCUGUGGAAAGGACGUACGAUACAUCAUCGACUAUUACGAUGGUGGAAUGGUGGAUGAGAAAUACAAAUUUGCGCUGCUCGACGUCAGGCCAGCCAUGGAUUCGUUUGAGAGUGUUUGGGACCGCAUGACGGUAGCAUACAUGCGAUGGAAGUUCGAGCUAGAGGACAAACUAAAGGAGUUGACGAGUUAAAUAAUGCCAUAUCGUAAUACAGUUGCCGGAUUGUUGAACUAUGAACUCGCUUGAAAUCUUUUUAACGCACGAUUCAAUUCAUACAAAUUAAAUUAAACCGAAAUUGGUGGACGAUUAUGAGAAUUGUUCUUUGUAGAAAGUAGCAUUGGCGUUAAGGUAAACAGCAGAGAUAGUCAUCCACCCACCUAACGCCGCAUUAUCAAUUGAAAAGAUAAUCGAAUACGAGAGAUUUAGAGGACUAUCACAGUAAAAUUAUUCAUAAAUAAAUCCAAAACGCUUAAUGUAA